AAAAAACGCAUAAAAUCCCGAAUAUGGUAACAAAUCGUUCGUUUCUAUUUCUAUUAGCGCAUAAUAUGAGAAACAAGACACACCGGUUUUGUAGAAUUUAAAGAUAUUUAGGAAACAAUUUUGUACAAAAUGGUUGAUCCAGCGAAACUAUCACGUUACGUUUCCCCUGUAAAUCCUAGCGUAUUCCCUCAUUUAACGAUAGUUUUACUGGGAAUAGGAGUAUUUUUUACGGCUUGGUUCUUCGUGUACGAGGUGACGAGCACAAAGAAAACGAGGAGCCUCAAAAAGGAACUCUUAGUGGCAUUGGUGGCAUCGAUAUUUUCAGGUUUCGGCGUUCUGUUUCUGUUAUUAUCAGUAGGAAUAUACGUUUAGUAUUCUAAGAAAAACAGUUGUAUUUUCCACAAGACUUACUUUUCAUAUUACAAAUGUUUAUUAUUAAUAUAUAAUUUUAUGAAUGGG